UCGGGGCUGGGCGGGGACUCGUGCACGACUGGUGUUGUGCACACACCCCAGCAGGUGGUGGUUUUGCGCUCAUUCUGCUUGGCGCGCCCACGUGCAAGGGGCUGAUUUCAUUUGGUGAGCAAGCCUCUGCUUCUUACUGGGGAGCCUGCUCCGUGACGGGUGCUGGGCACACAGGAUGGGGCCCUAUGGUCUGUCGCGGGAGGAUGCAAGUGGAUCAUUCUGGUUAGAAAGGACAGGGAGUGCUGAAAGCAACCACAAGAAGGGGGGAGUCCUCAUGCCUCUGGGUUAGGUGUGUUUAAUAGAAUUGAUGCCUUUUGAGGCGAGUCUGAGAGCUGGGUAGCAGGGUUGAGCUGUGGGCAGCCCUGUGGGAGGGUCUGGAGAUGCCAUGGAGCCUAUAGGAGCCAACUCCGAAAUGUCAGUUUUGGCCCUCCAUUGACAACUGGAAUUUGGACUAUAUUAUGAACUACUGGAAUUUGGACUAUAUUAUGAACUACUGAAAAAAGGUCUGUGCCUUCUUUGAUUCUUGGGCUGUUCAGGUGAAAGGAAGGGAAUGCACCUGGCAGGAAGAGCCACGUUUUGAUAACUAAAUAUUCUUUCUCACCUCUAGGCCUUUGUCCAUGUGGUUCUACCUGGAAUGUCUUCCCUUCCCCCAAGUCCACGUAGCUCUCCUACCGGUUCUUGUGAGCUCCAAUGUUACCCUUCCAGUGACCCUUUUCUGUCCACACAGUUGGGGGUCAGUACUUUUCUCUGGACCCAGAGCUGGGCCCAAAGUGGUUACAGUGGUUUGCCCAGUGGAUGAGUUAAUAGAGGCUGCGAUGCCGUAGGAAGCUAGGAGGUGGCCCUUAUGUGCUCUGUACAGAGCCCUAGUCUGGUUCCUAGGCAGCUCGAGGGUCUGGAGUGGUGGGGGAGGUGAGGACCCCUUCUCCCCUGCUAAGCUCAGUCCAGCCCCCUGUUCCAGAAGAGGAGCCGCCGUCUAGUGCCCUGGCCAGUGUGGUGCAGCACCUCCCAUUGGAGCUCAUGGAUGGUGUUGUCAGGAACCUCAGUAAUGAUGACAGUGUGACGGAUGCCCAGAUGUUGACCGCCAUCAGCAGGAUGACCGACUGGGUGUCCUGGCCCCUGGGGAAGAACAUUGACAAGUGGAUCAUCGCACUGCUGAAGGGCCUGGCUGCUGUUAAGAAGUUCAGCAUCUUGAUCGAGGUUUCACUGGCCAAAAUUGAAAAGGUUUUCUCCAAGCUUCUGUAUCCCAUUGUCCGAGGGGCCGCCUUGUCUGUCCUCAAGUACAUGCUCCUAACCUUCCAACACUCGCACGAGGCCUUCCACCUGCUCCUCCCUCACAUCCCCACAAUGGUGGCCUCUCUGCUCAAGGAGGAUUCGAACUCAGGGACCAGCUGCCUGGAGCAGCUGGCAGAGCUGGUCCACUGCAUGGUGUUCCGGUUCCCAGGCUUUCCGGACCUGUAUGAGCCAGUCAUGGAAGCUAUAAAGGACCUCCAUGUUCCCAAUGAGGACCGCAUCAAACAGCUGCUGGGGCAGGAUGCCUGGACUUCACAGAAGAGUGAACUGGCUGGUUUCUAUCCCCGACUCAUGGCCAAGUCAGACACCGGGAAGAUUGGUUUAAUCAAUCUGGGCAACACGUGCUAUGUGAAUAGCAUCCUUCAGGCCUUAUUUAUGGCUUCUGACUUCAGACACUGUGUGCUCCGUUUGACUGAGAACAACUCACAGCCCUUGAUGACUAAGCUGCAGUGGCUUUUUGCCUUCCUGGAGCAUAGCCAGCGGCCUGCCAUUUCUCCAGAGAACUUCCUCUCUGCAUCCUGGACACCCUGGUUCAGCCCUGGCACCCAGCAGGACUGCUCGGAGUACCUUAAGUACCUGCUGGAUCGGCUGCAUGAGGAGGAGAAGACGGGGACCAGGAUCUGCCAGAAGCUCAAGCAGUCCAGCUUGCCCUCCCCGCCCGAGGAGCCCCUUUGCCCAAGGUCAACCUCUGUGGAGAAGAUGUUCGGAGGCAAGAUCGUGACUCGGAUAUGCUGUCUCCGAUGCCUCAAUGUCUCCUCCAGGGAGGAGGACUUCACAGACCUCUCACUUGCCUUCCCCCCACCUGAGCGCUGUCGCCGCCGCCGCCUGGGCUCAGUGAUGCUCCCUCCAGAGGAGGUGGCGUCUCCAGAGCCCCAGCCACCACCCCGAGCCCAGGCGCCAAGCAGGGCAGGUCCUCAGAGGCAGAGAAAACACUGCAUCACAGGGGAUACCCCGCCCUCUGUCCUGGACAUUGAAGCCCUGGGCCCCCAGGGACCUGGGGCAGGGAGCAGUCUGGAGGGGCAGAGGGAGGAGGAAGCAGAGGAGGAGCGAGUGGAGGGAGAAGUACAAGAGGAGGAGGAGAAAAGGACCAGAGAGGAGGAAGAGAAAGAGAAGGAGGUGGAGGAGGAGAAGGAGGCCAAGGAUGGGAAGGAGGAAGGGGACAGUCUGGGGCCAGGGACCCGCAGGGCUGCUGCCCCUUCUGGGGAACAGCUGUGCGGCCCCGAGGGCUCCCGUUCUGUUCUGGACCUGGUCAACUACUUCCUGUCCCCCGAGAGGUUGACGGCAGAGAACCGCUACUACUGCGAGCCCUGUGCGUCGCUGCAGGAUGCUGAGAAGGCGGUGGAGCUGAGCCAGGGGCCGCGCUACCUCAUCCUGACGCUGCUCCGCUUCUCCUUCGACCUGCGCACCAUGCGGCGCCGCAAGAUCCUGGAUGACGUCUCCAUCCCGCUGCUGCUCCGCCUGCCGCUGGCUGGAGGCCAGGGCCAGGCCUAUGACCUGUGCAGUGUGGUGGUGCACUCCGGAGUGUCCUCGGAGAGCGGCCAUUACUACUGCUACGCCCGUGAGGGUGCUGCUCGCGCCGCUGCGGCCGCUGCUGAUCGGCCGGAGCCUGAAAACCAGUGGUACCUGUUCAACGACACCCGAGUGUCCUUCUCCUCCUUUGAGUCGGUCAGCAAUGUCACCUCCUUCUUCCCUAAGGACACAGCCUACGUGCUCUUUUACAGGCAGCGGCCCAGGGAGGGGGCUGAGGCUGAGCCAGGCUCCCCCAGGGUCCGGGCAGAGCCCACCCUCCACAAAGACUUGAUGGAAGCCAUCUCCAAAGACAACAUCCUUUACCUGCAGGAGCAGGAGAAGGAGGCACGAAGCAGGGCCGCCUACAUCUCCACACUCCCCUCGUCUCCUCACUGGGGGAGGGGCUUUGAUGAAGACAAGGAUGAGGAUGAAGGCUCUCCGGGGGGCUGCAACCCUGCAGGUGGUAAUGGUGGUGACUUCCACAGACUGGUCUUCUGAGGGGUAUCCUCCCCAACCUGCUCCCAUCUGUGGGGAGGCCUUGCCCCCUUCCUUCUGGGAGCUGGGUGGGGGCCAGGCUCCGAGAAGUGGUCUGCUGGUUGGGGUCUGAGGAAACAGUGGUGGCAGCCCAGUCCUGAAGGCGGGCCCCUCCAAAGGCAAGAAAGGUGGAGCGGGAGCUUCUGGGAGAGCGGUCUUCAACCUGACGGGGCCACAGAGACUCAGAUGUGGAGGUGAGACCUGAGUUCCUUGCACGGGCCUUGGGCCUGGCUCUGGGAUUGGCCCCGUCAAGAUUAUGCACCCAAGUGUCCUGGUUAACUUGAAGCAGCCAAAGUGGACACGCUUGGGGCUCUGUCCCCUGACCCCAACAGGUUACACUGGAGUAUUGAUCUGCUCAGAACCCAUGAGGGUUGACGUGUACCGCUCUAGUGUUUCGCCAUCAAGUAGCAUUUCCUUCCAGCUCCUUGCAGACAAUCCUACUGCUCUAUAGCAUAAAUGGCAGAGCAGGACCCUAGUCCUUGCACAAAAGGGGGCUGUGUGUCACCUCUAGCUUCCUCCUCAUUUCUCUUAAGGGUUUCAGGGGCAAUGCGUGUGGUGCCUUUUGUGGGUACUGCAGCAUUUGACCUCUUGAGAUGAAUGUAGGACAGGAGCAGUGUGGCAGAGGUUAGAGAUUCAGAGACAAAGAAUCUCGUCUGGUCUCUUCCCCCCACACCAAGCGACAGUGGGAGAUGCGUAGCCCCUAGUCCCUCCCCCACCCCCAGCCUGCCUCAGUGCCUGAGAUGCCACCAUUUGUACCCACUUCUGGUUAAGGUAGAGGGGCCUUAUUUUUCUGCAGAUGUUUCUCAUGAAGCCAUUGUCUGUGCUGAGGGAAGCUGCUGGCUCAGCUCCUCAGCAGUGGGUCUUCAGAGCAGUGGCCUGGGGGGAGCAGAUACUGACCUCGCGCCCUGACACUGCUGUAGCCCCUUCCAAAUGGAGCGUGCCAGGGUCUCGUACAGGAAUAAAUAUAGUUCUUGGAA